AUGGGAAAACAUGAGAAUGUUUCCUGGAUCUACCAACAGGAACUGGAAGAUCUAUUCAAGAAAUACCUGAACAACACUGAUGACUACCUAGCUUUGCUCUGCGGGCCUCCACGCAGCCACCUUUUCCUGCCGGUGUCUGUGGUGUAUACUCUGAUUUUUGUGGUGGGGGUCGUUGGCAAUCUCCUGGUAUGCCUGGUGAUUCUUCGGCACCAGACUAUGAAGACACCCACCAAUUACUACCUCUUCAGCUUGGCUGUCUCCGACCUCCUGGUCCUGCUUCUCGGGAUGCCCCUGGAAGUCUACGAGAUGUGGCGCAACUACCCCUUCCUUUUUGGGCCCGUGGGCUGCUACUUCAAGACGGCCCUCUUUGAGACGGUGUGCUUCGCCUCCGUCCUCAGCAUCACCACGGUCAGCGUGGAGCGAUACGUGGCCAUCCUCCACCCGUUCCGCGCCAAGCUGGAGAGCACCCGGCGGCGGGCCCUCCGAAUCCUCGGCAUCGUCUGGGGCUUCUCUGUUCUCUUCUCUCUGCCCAACACCAGCAUCCACGGCAUCAAGCUCCACUACUUCCCCAAUGGGUCCUUCGUCCCGGGCUCUGCCACCUGUACGAUCAUUAAGCCCAUGUGGAUCUACAGUUUCAUUAUCCAGGUCACCUCCUUCCUCUUCUACAUCCUCCCCAUGACGGUCAUCAGUGUCCUCUACUACCUCAUGGGGCUCAAACUGAAGAAAGACCAACCUCUUGAAGCAGAUGAAGUAACUGCAAAUAUUCAAAGACCAUCCAGAAAAUCAGUCACUAAAAUGCUGUUUGUCUUGGUCUUAGUGUUUGCUAUCUGUUGGGCCCCAUUCCACAUUGAUCGGCUCUUCUUCAGCUUUGUGGAGGAGUGGACUGAAUCCCUGGCUGCUGUGUUCAAUCUCAUCCAUGUGGUAUCAGGUGUCUUCUUCUACCUGAGCUCAGCUGUCAACCCCAUUAUCUACAACCUACUCUCUCGCCGCUUCCGAGCAGCAUUCCGGAAUGUGAUCACUCCUUCCUGCAGACAGCGGCACUCCCAGAACCACCCACAGGGGCCAUCUGUGCAGCAGAACAUCUUCCUGACAGAAUGUCACCUUGUGGAGCUGACUGAAGAUGUGGGUCCCCAGUUCCCCUGUCAGCUGUCCAUCUGCAGCUCUCAUUUCCCCACAGCCCUCUGUACUGGACAGGCACUAAGAAAGGAACUCUCAAAGAGUUGA